UCCUGGGGUCCCAGAGAGCUCCACUCCAUAUACACAACCAUCUUCCCUCAUCGGUAACAGGCUGCUGCCCACACAAGACCUCCAGCCAGCAGGGGGCGCGCUGUGCGCAUGUGCCGCCUUGUCUCCAUUGUCUGCUGUGGUGCAGGAGAGGAGGAGGCCUGGCAGCCGUAGAGGGGGCUCCCGGGAGGAAACGAUUUCCCGGUUCUUUGGUAAGAUGUUUAACCAACAGCAGCAGCAGUUCCAGCAGCUCCUUCAUCUCCAGCAACUUCUGCAGCAGCAGCAUACAGUGCAGCAGCAUACAGUGCAGCAGCAUACAGUGCAGCAGCCAGCGCACCAUGCCCAGGUGGCACAGCACCAGCUCCCUGCCCAGCAUGCAGCACCCAGGCCCAUGCCCAACCCGGUCCAGCACCAGCAACCGCAGCAGAUGUUGAACCUGCGAGCAGCCAAUCCUGCCAGGCUUCUUAAUAGCCACCCCAUGCUACAGCGGGCAUUACUGAUGCAGCAGAUGCAGGGUAACCUCCGUGGCCUCAACAUGGUGGCGCCGCCGCCAAUGCCUCAAUUCUUUGCUACUGCUGCGAGACAUUCCAUCCUGGGUAUUCCUCCAAUGGGUGUAUCGGUGAAAGGUCCAGGCAGGACGUUCCCACCCAUCCCUUUUCAGCAGCCCCGUGUGUAUACCAAGGAUUACUACAGGAGUUCUGAUGUCAAGAAGAAUGGCGUUCCAGGCUCUUCUGUGCCGGGGAAGGACACCAAUGAUGCGAGCUCAGAGAGAGGAAACGCCGAACCUCCACCGACUGCAUCAGAAGCCGAUGAAAGUCUCAACUCUGAAGACACCGAAAAUCUAACUGAAUGCAGCAUUACCGACCCCCUUGAACCUUCAGCCAAGAGAGCAAGGAGCUCAGAGACUGGUACAGAUGAGACCGGCUUCACUGCAGAAGGGGCAGAAGAUGUUGCUGAGGAGCGCAGCGUGGAGUCACAGUCUUCAGAGGGUAUAAGUGGUGGACGCGCAUUGAAAGUCACUAUCCAGGUUCGCAGUGAGAGUCGCACGACAGCCCUGCAGCCGGCAUGUUCCGAAAAGAGACCUUCAUCUGGCAGCUCCACACCAAGCGGCGCCAGGUUUUGCUGCUACAUCUGCAAAACCAGCUACCACAGCCUGCAGAAUUUCCAGUCUCACCUGGUGACGGCUCAACAUCACCAAAAGAUCCAGAACAUCCAGCAUCUCAGCAAUGCCUGUCUGGUUACUCUUCUUCCCACUGCGAAGGAUGGUCAGGGUGUCCUGGGUGGCCGAGAUGGUAAGAAGAAGCAGAUGAGAUGGUGCAAUGUCUGCCAGGUUCACUUCAGCUGUGAUCUUAUCCGACAUCGCAGGACUCAGGAACACAAGAUGGCUAAACGCUCCUUAAGACCUUUUUGCACAGUCUGCAGCCGCCACUUCAAGACUCCUCGCAAGUUUGUGGAGCACAUGAAGUCUCCUGAGCACAAGCAGAAGUCCCAAGAGGUGAAGCUUCUUGAGAAGGAAACAUGGAGUCCGGAGGAGUCUGAGGAACUCAUCACAGUGGACGCCGUGGGCUGUUUUGAGGAGGAGGAUGAUGAGGAUGACGAUGAUGAAGAGGAGGAGGGUAUCAGUGCUGAUGACGUUUCUGAGGACACAGAAUGCCUCCUGACCAAGCCAGAGGACAGUAUGGCCGAUCAUGAAGAAGAAUACAAUGCGGACACGGACUAUGGCCUGGAUUAUAUGGUCCCCGUCGCGGGUUAUCUCUGCAGGCUGUGUCACAAAUUCUAUCCUAGUGACUCUGCUGCUCGGCUCACACACUGCAAGUCCCUGGUGCAUUUUCAGAACGUCCAGAGAUCAAAAGCAGAGAAAAGGAGCCGCGCGGCUUCACAAACCGAUCUGUCUGCCCAGGAGGAUGAAAACAGGAAUCGGGAGAAGGCGGCAGAUGGCGGCUCAGAUGCUCUGCAGGAUGGUGGCAUCAAACCAGCAAACCUACACGGCGUCAAAGGAGGGGAUGUCUCCGUAACCAACAAGAGCGCCGAUAUGGAAGAAUUCGCAGGAACAGUCUGCGAUUCUGUCAUCGGUACGAGCGAGGAAGACUCCAGCUGCCUGCUGGAUCAAGAAGCUCUUCUCACCCAAAAGGAAGAGAAAACGGAGGAUGCAACCUGCACCGACGAAACCUCAUCCGCUUCGUCCUCGCCACACGAAGUCUGAUAAUCCAGAAACUGUAAUAGGGCCGUGUUCACACCCGAGGGCAUUUUUUCUCUUGGCCAGACUGGGAGGCUCCCAAACAAUACAGCUGAACCCAAACAAUACUUUUUUUUUUUAUAUAGGAUGCACUGUAUUGUUCUUUUUCCACUACAGCUUUGGUAAGAAAAAAAAAAAAAAGUAUUGGCACAUCCCAUUUCUCCCAGUCUAUGGCCGGACUGGCACAAGAAGCAUUGCAUGCCAGUCACCGUCCCCUCCGCUUUGCUGUGGCAUUCAUUGUUGCCGCUCCGCCAUGUGAGUCCCAUUAGUGUGUACAGAGCAGCAUAACGUAGGAUAAGAGUGUCUUAAGUGUUGGCUUUGGCGCCGCCCUAGUGGGGGACAUAGAGAAGCUCGAGUAUAGUGUGCCAGCCGAGGUAGAACAAAGCUCAGUUAUUGCAGCAAUACCAUUUUUAGCUUAGUGAUGCACUGUCUAUCGAUGGCCGGUUUUAUAUGUUUAAGCAGUGAUCUGCAUUUACUUAGCAGCGGGGUAGAAAAGAAGGGUCAAUAGCAGUGGUCUCUAAACUGCAGAACUCCAGCUGGUGCAAAACUACAACUCCCAGCAUGCCCGGACAGCCAACGGCUGUCCGGGCAUGCUUGGAGUUGUAGUUUUGCAACAGCCUGGAGGUCCAUUGGUUGUCUGGGCAUGCUGGUAGGUGUAGUUUUGCAACAGCUGGAGGCUCAUUGGUUGUCUGGGCAUGCUGGGAGGUGUAGUUUUGCAACCGCUGGGGGCCCAUUGGCUGUCUGGGCAUGCUGGGAGGUGUAGUUUUGCAACCGCUGGAGGUCUGUGGGGUAUCCCGGGCAUGCUGGGAGUUUUGGAACAGCCUGGAGGUCCAUUGGUUGUCUGGGCAUGCUCAGAGUUGUAGUUUUGCAACGGCUGGAGGCCCAUUGGCUGUCUGGGCAUGCUGGAAGGUGUAGUUUUGGAACAGCUGGAGGCCCAUUGGCUGUCUGGGCAUGCUGGGAAGUGUAGUUUUGGAACAGCCUGGAGGUCCAUUGGUUGUCUGGGCAUGCUCAGAGUUGUAGUUUUGCAACGGCUGGAGGCCCAUUGGUUGUCUAGGCAUGCUGGGAGGUGUAGUUUUGGAACAGCUGGAGGUCUGUGGGGUAUCCCGGGGAUGCUGGGAGUUUUGCAACAGCCUGGAGGUCCAUUGGUUGUCUGGGCAUGCUCAGAGUUGUAGUUUUGCAACGGCUGGAGGCCCAUUGGUUGUCUAGGCAUGCUGGGAGGUGUAGUUUUGGAACAGCUGGAGGUCUGUGGGGUAUCCCGGGGAUGCUGGUAGUUUUGCAACCGCUGGAGGCCCAUUGGCUGUCUGGGCAUGCUGGGAGGUGUAGUUUUGCAACAUCUCAGGGGCCACAGUUUGGAGACCACUGCUUUAGAGCAAUAGAUUGUUUCCAAAAUGACAUAUUGAAGAAUAAUCCUCUAUUGCCCCCGUAAUCCUUCUGCAGAAUAUUGUUCACUGUUUAGGGCAUGUGAAGGUAAGAAUAGCUUAUGAAAUGGGGUAGACAAUAAUGUACAAAUAUAGAUACAAAUAUUAUCAACCUACUUAUGUCCAGCACGUCCGCAUCACGCCUGGACACCUACAUACUAGAAUGCAGCAUUAGGACUGUACAGCGGCCAUUACGGUGCCCUACAGACCCCCCCAUGGUCCCAUAUGAUGCUUUGUUACUUCCAUCAUGACUGUGUAGUUGUAUCCUAGAGUAGGGUUAUCUUAUCCGAGCAGCCAGGAAAAUAAAACCGAGGACACAGAGAUGGAAGCACGUUUUGACGUUCCGGUCCCACCGUCAUCUGAUUUGUUACAAUUAUUCUAUUAUGACUUAGAUUUCAAUCGAUUAAAAGUGUGAUGGUAACUUCUA